AUGGUUACGAAACCGAACACACGCGUGCACGCGUAGUCUACAGCAUUCACACGUGCCAAAACCAUGUUAUAUAAACAAACCUAAAGCACGCUAAUUCCUCAUCACCAUCACAUUGUUUUGUUCGUCAAAUUCAACUUAAAAAAAUCUCUCUAAGAAGAAUCGUCGUCUCUUCGUACGAACGAUCAUGGCACAAACCGAUAUCAAUCAGCCGAAACUAGAUAUGACAAAGGAGGAGAAAGAGAGGUUGAAGUAUUUGGAGUUCGUGCAAGCUGCUGCUGUUGAAGCAUUGCUUCGCUUUGCUCUCAUUUACGCAAAGGCUAAGGACAAGUCUGGUCCUUUGAAACCAGGUGUUGAAUCCGUUGAAGGAGCUGUCAAGACUGUGGUCGGUCCUGUCUACCAUAAGUACCACGACGUCCCCGUCGAGGUUCUUAAAUACAUGGACCAGAAGGUUGACGUGUCUGUGAGUGAGCUUGACCGCCGCGUCCCACCAGUGGUCAAACAAGUGUCUGCACAAGCCAUCUCAGCUGCUCAGAUAGCACCCAUCUUGGCUCGUGCUUUAGCCACUGAGGUUCGACGUGCUGGCGUUGUGGAAACCGCAUCUGGGGUGGCUAAAUCCGUCUACACCAAGUACGAGCCUGCCGCUAAGGAGUUGUACGCAAGCUACGAGCCAAAAGCGGAGCAGUGCGCAGUUUCGGCUUGGAAGAAGCUGAACCAGCUUCCUCUGUUCCCGAGGCUGGCUCAGGUAGCUGUACCAACGGCUGCUUUCUGCUCUGAGAAGUAUAAUGAUACGGUGGUGAUGGCUGCAGAGAAAGGGUACAGGUUCACAUCGUACAUGCCUUUGGUUCCAACAGAGAGGAUCUCAAAGAUCUUCGGGGACGAGAAGACUGAGACUAAGCCGUUGGAGUUUCAUCCUCUUGAUUGAUUUUUGUGUGUUUGUAGUGUGUUGUUUGGUUUGAUGUGAACCGGAUCUUGGUUCGCGACUGGUCCCUGGUUCUGGUUCUUUCGUUUCUUGGUCUUUCUGUUUUCUUCGAAUAUUUGGUUCAGUAAUACCAAAAAAUGUAUGCUUUUAUGUUUCGAGUAUUGUAUAAAAGCUUUAUUGUGUUUG